GGUGCGGUGGUAUGAUCCACGGAUGGUGUUAUAGCGGCGCGGAGGCUCGGCAGCAUCAGCAAUAGCAACAGCAGUCAGUCAGUCAGUCUGAUCGGGUUCAAGUGCGGCUCAUCGUCGCAGCUUGCCGGGCGCCCUUCUGUCACGCACCGCUCUGCCUGACUCUCGCAUUAGCAGACCCCCCUCCCUCUGCGGCGUCAACAUCGAAGCGGAACCGGCAGACUCCGAGGUGGCGUCGCAGCCACGUUCGGCAAAGGCACCGCGUCGCGGGGUUCCGAUUCUGCUGCGGGCGGGUGGGAUUAUUCUUGCUCCGCAUUUUGGAUCUUAAACGUGGAUUUGGACCGACAAAGAAUGGCUGCUGCACGUCGGGAAGAUUCACAGACUCUGUAUUCUGCAUUGUGGCUGUGCUGAGUGAUUAAGUGGAUGCCCUUCAAGCCAUGGAGGAGAUGGACAGUAAACCCUACCAGCCGCUGUCUAAGGGCCGCCAUGAAAUGGAGAUGUCCUACACCAGUUCGUCUGAUGAGAGCGAGGAUGGUCGCGCCCACCACCGCUCUUACACCUCACGUGAAACCCUCCCUGACUACACACAUGAGCUACGCCUCACGCUUGGAUCACACCGUGAAAGACAGAACAACUACAGCCAAGCCCAGCCAGAUUUAGAUUUCUGCAAGGCUGGUCAGAUGAGUAGUCCAGACUACAUCCACCAACAGCAACAACAACAGCAUCAGCAUCAAGAAGAUGAGGUGGAAGCAUUAUGCUCUGGACCCACUGUUCACAUCCACAGCCGUGGCUACUCCUUGGGCAUAGGUUCAGAUGUGGACACUGAGCCGGAAGUGGAACCCUCACCCGCUCACGGCCUACAGCACAUGUGGAUGCGUGGUUUGAAGUCUGAACAGAGCUCCUGCCUGUCGAGCCGCGCCAACUCUGCCCUGUCUCUCACCGACACUGAGCAUGACAGGAAAUCUGAGCCCGAUAAUGAGUUACCCAGCAGUCCAGGUGGUCAGUUCACAUUUCGCCCACUACCGCCACCUCCACCUCCUCCACAUGCCUGCACCUGCGUCCGCCCGGCACCCUACACCCAAGUCAGUCUGCAGAGGAAGACCAUGCCGACGCGUUGUCAGGCCAGCCAGGGUGUCCAGGGAGCAGACACCAGUUCAAGCACGGACCAGGCACAGCUUCAUGACAGCUGGGUGCUGAACAGCAACAUUCCCCUAGAGACCAGACACUUCCUAUUCAAGCAAGGCUCUGGCUCAUCGGCCCUGCUGUCAGGUGCAGGGCAAGGUUACCCCUUGACCUCUGGGACAGUGUAUUCGCCUCCGCCCAGGCCCCUGCCUCGCAGCAGUGUGACCAGACCACUGUUUACCUUCAACAAGCCUCAUCGCUGCUGCAACUGGAAGUGCACAGCAUUAUCUGCAUCACUUCUCACUCUUACCCUGGCUCUGCUGCUCACAUAUGUCAUUGCGGUCCACCUGUUAGGUCUGACCUGGCAUCUGCGGCACGGCGAGAGCCAGCUGUAUGAGAAUGGUGGAAGCUCAGCAGACCAUCAACAGGAGGAUCGCAAAAGUAGACCUACCAGCUCUAUCCACCUGCUGGACACACUUAACCCUGAGAACACACAUGCCAGCGACAGAGAAAAGUGGGUGCGUGGCCGGGCAAUCGACCGAGGCGAGGUCAACAUUGGAAUGCAACAGAAUCAGGCCAUCCCACCCGGAGUGUUUUGGAGGUUUCAUAUGACUGUGCACCAUCCAACCCACAUGAAGUUCAAUCUCUCUCUCUCCCAUAAUGCAUUGCUCGGGGUCUAUGGACGCAGGAAUAUACCACCUACACACACACAGUUCGACUUUGUGAAACUGCUGGAUGGAAAGGCGGUGCCCAGGUCUUUGAGUGAUCCUAUUUCAGCUGGUAACGAACCUAAAGGUUUGCUGCUUAGCGGCCUCCAAGAAACACGCUUCAUUGAAUAUAUGGACCCUGGCACCUGGCAUCUAGCUCUCUACAAUGAUGGACGCAACCUCGAACAAGUCUUACUCCACAGCACUCCCAUAGACACAAUGGAUGGCUGCUCCAAAGGCUGUAACGGAAAUGGAGAGUGUGUUGCUGGACGCUGCCACUGCUUUGCUGGAUUCAUGGGUCCUAACUGUGCCAAAGAUUCGUGCCCUGUAUUGUGCAGCGGUAACGGCGUGUAUGAAAAGGGAAGGUGUGUGUGCCUGACCGGUUGGAAGGGAGCAGAGUGUAAUGUAGAGGAAGGUCAGUGUAUUGACCCCACCUGCUCCAACCAUGGCUCGUGCAUGCAGGGCAUCUGCAUAUGCAGCCCAGCCUACAAGGGAGUAAACUGUGAACUAGUGGACUGCGUAGACCCUCAGUGUGGCAGGCAUGGCGUGUGUGUCCGCGGGGAAUGUGUGUGCUCUCCAGGCUGGGCAGGAGUGAUUUGUGAUGACCCGUUGCCAGCCUGUCAGGAGCAGUGUUCAGGACAUGGCACCUAUCUCCCUGAGUCAGACACCUGCGCUUGCCAGCCCAACUGGACAGGACCGGACUGCUACAUUGAACUGUGCCCAGUGCCGUGUGGCAGUCAUGGUGUUUGCUCGGAAGGCCAGUGCCAGUGUGAGGAGGGUUGGCUCAGCGCGGCGUGCGACCAGAGAGCGUGCCAUCCUCGCUGCGAAGAACACGGCCAGUGCCACGAUGGGACUUGCAUCUGCCAACCUGGCUGGGAGGGAGAGCACUGCAACAUUGUUACUCAUGAUCUGGACAUCGUUGUGAAAGAUGGCUGCCCAGGUUUGUGCAGCGGGCACGGCCGCUGUACCCUGGAGCAGAGUGGCUGGCGCUGCGUCUGUCAGGCUGGAUGGAGUGGGCCUGGAUGCAGCGUUGUCAUGGAAACUGACUGCAGUGAUGGAACAGACAACGAUGGAGAUGGUCUGAUUGACUGUGUGGAUCCGGACUGUUGCGAGCAGCUGAGCUGUGGCUCUGACCCUCUAUGCCGCGGCUCGGCUGACCCCAUGGCCCUGCUGCAGCGGAACCCAUUGCCCCCAGCUGCACCCCCCUCACCCAUUAACACACACACUCACAGUUUCUACCAACGCAUAAACUUUCUCCUUGGCAAAGCAGCCACACACACUCUCCCUGGAGACGUGCCCUUUGAUACCAGUCGUGUUGCUGUUAUUCGAGGCAAUGUUGCACUGCAAGAUGGCUCUCCAUUGGUUGGCGUAAACAUCACCUUCCCUCAGCAUCCCGAGUAUGGUUACACCAUCAGUCGACAGGAUGGAAGUUAUGACCUGGUGACUUUGGGCGCAAUGUCAGUGACGCUGAUGUUCCAGCGUCCGCCUUUCUUGGCGCAAACACGCAGCGUCUGGACCCCAAACAACAACUUCCUGGUUCUGGAUCAGGUCAUCAUGUCCAGGGAAGAGGUGCAGCCUCCAAAAUGUGAUAUUAGGACUGUUUUGAGUCCUUAUCCUCUGGUCCUGCCCUACCCACUACCCAGAUACACAGAGACAUGUGCAGAGAAGGGUCCUGCCGUACCAGAGCUUCAGGCGGUGCAGGAAGAAGUUGCGAUCCCAGGAGCCGCAAUGAAGCUGAACUAUUUGAGUACACGAGCCGCAGGCUACCUCGCCUUGCUGCGUAUACUCCUCACACCUCCAUCCCCAUCCUCCCCCAUCUCCCCUCUGGGCGGCUUGUCUAAGGUGCAUGUUCGAGCUUCAGUCCAGGGAAGGUUGUACCAACGCUGGUACCCUGCUGGGCCUGGUCUGGUCCACAGGCUGGUCUGGAAUAAGACAGAUGUUUACGGCCAGGAGGUGUGGGGCCUCACUCACGCAACUGUAUCAGUCGGCUAUGAGUAUGAAUCGUGUCCUGGAGUUAUUCAGUGGGAGAAGAGGACAGCUCUCAUACAGGCUUUUGAGUUGGUGCCCUCUCACCUCGGAGGUUGGUCCCUAGACAAACAUCAUUCCCUCAACAUUCGUAGUGGAAUCCUCCACAAAGGAAAUGGGGAAAAUGUCUUCCUCUCCCAGCAGCCCGCCGUUAUCGCCACAGUUAUGGGUAACGGAUUCUACCGGAGCGUCCCCUGCGGGCCAAGCUGCAGUGGUGCAGCCCGUGAUAUGAUGCUAUAUGGUCCUGUGGCACUGUCCAGUGGCCCUGAUGGUUCUCUUUAUGUUGGAGACUUCAACUUCAUCCGCAGGGUACAUCCAGAUGGAUAUACCAGAACCAUAUUGGAACUAAAGAACCGGGACACCAGACACAGCACCAGCCCGGCACAUAAAUACUACUUAGCCAUGGACCCAAAGGGAGAAGUUCUUUAUGUGUCGGACACCAGCAGUCGCAGAGUGUACAGGGUAAGGAACCUCGGUCAGCCGAAAGAUCCGUCACGCAACCUGGAGGUGAUAGCCGGGACAGGGGAGCAGUGUUUGCCCUUUGACCAGAGCCACUGUGGAGAGGGCAGGAAGGCCACUGAAGCUGCACUCAAUAACCCUCGAGGUAUUGCAGUGGAUAAAGAGGGUGUCGUCUACUUUGUUGAUGGCACCACCAUUCAGAGGAUUAAUGAAAGGGGUUUGCUGUCCACUGUGAUUGGCUCCAAUGGACUGAUGUCAACGCAACCUCUUAGCUGUGAUGCACGUAUGGACAUCAGCCAGGUGCGUCUGGAGUGGCCAACAGACUUGGCUAUUAACCCUCUGGACAACUCCCUCUACAUCUUGGACAACAACAUUGUGUUACAGGUAUCAGAGACUCUUCAAGUGCGUAUUGUCGCUGGCCGUCCCAUCCACUGCCAGGUGCCAGGUAUUGACCACCAUCUAAUGAGCCGAGCUGCAGUUCGAGCCACUUUGGAAGCUGCCAAAGCCAUCGCCGUGUCACACUUGGGCACCCUGUUCAUCGCUGAGACCGAUGAGAGGCGCAUCAAUCGCAUUCAGCAGGUGUCAACCAAUGGGGAGUUAUCGGUUAUCGCUGGUGCUCCUACGGACUGUGACUGCAAGAUAGACCCCAACUGUGACUGCUUCUCUGGUGACGGAGGCUACGCGCGUGACGCUCGUCUCAAAGCUCCCUCCUCUCUGGCCGUGGGUCCCAAUGGCACACUGUAUAUUGCUGAUCUAGGGAACAUCCGCAUCCGAGCUGUCAGCCCCAACCAGCCUCAGCCUGGCCCAGCUGGACUGGUGGAGAUCAGCUCCCCACUAGACCAGGAGCUCUACCUCUUCAGCAAGAAUGGCUCCCACCUGUACACUAAGCACCUGAUCACCGGCCACUACCUGUACAACUUCUCUUAUAGUAGAGAUGGCCUACUGUCUGCAGUGACGGGCCGUGAUGCUCAUGGACUCCAGGUGAAGAGAGAUGCUCAUGGUGUGCCAAUCUGGCUGGCGUUACCUGGUGGACAGGUGUACCGGUUGUCUCUUAGUAACAGCGGAACACUGAGGAAGGUGUCCGCACAAGGUCACGAUGUCGCCCACAUCAUUUACCAUGGUAACACCGGUCUCCUAGCAACCAAGAGCGAUGAGAACAGUUGGACCACUGUGUAUGAGUACAACAACGAAGGCCGUGUGACCAACAUCACCCUCCCAACGGGUGAUGUGCGCGGUUUCCAAGGCAACCUGGAACGCUGGUCUCGGGUUGAGGUUGAAGCAUCCAACCGAGAGAACUUUGUCACCAGUACGAACCUGUCUGCCAGUGACACUAUCUACACAUUCAAACGAGACCAUGCGCAGAGUUCUUACAAAGUCAACGCCGAUGGCUCGUUCUUUGCAUCGCUGGCCAGCGGGAUGGAGCUGUCCCUCAGCACAGAGCCUUUCCUCCCAGGGGGUGUUGGGGGUGGAGUCAGCCCAACCGCCAGCCGCUGUAACAUCAGCCUGCCCGGUGACCACGCCCCCAGCCUAAUCGAGUGGAGGCAGAGGAAGGAGCAGAGCAAGACUAACUACACCACUUAUGAACGCAGACUCAGGGCACAUAACAGGAACCUGUUGUCCAUAGACUUUGAUCAGAGCACACGAGUGGGGAAGAUCUAUGAUGACCACCGGAAGUUCACCCUCCAUAUCCAGUAUGAUAUUCAUGGCCGACCUGUGGUCUGGUCUCCUAGUAGCAAAUACACUGAAGUAAAUGUCAGCUACUCGGGAGGUGGAUUCUUGUCAGCCAUCCACCGUGGAGAAUGGUUUGAACGUCUGAAAUAUGAGAACGACAAGGUGGUUUCCAGAGCCUGGGUCAAUGGGAAGAUAUGGAGCUACACAUACAUAGACAAAUCGGUUAUGCUGCUUCUGCACAGCCAACGGAGAUACCUCUUUGAAUACGACCAGACAGACCGACUGAUGGCAGUCACGAUGCCCAGCAUGACCAAACACAGUCUACACUCGCUCCUGUCCAUUGGUUACUACAGGAAUAUGUACACGCCUCCUGACAGCCUGGCGUCCUUCCUGCAGGACUUCACCCUGGAUGGAAGGCUGCUCAGGACUCAGUAUUUGGGAACAGGACGCAGUGUCAUCUACAGGUAUACACCAGCAGCGCGUCUUUCCGAGGUGACAUAUGACUCCACCCUGGUGACCUUCACUUAUGACGAGGCCUCUGGCAGUGUCAAAACCAUCCAUCUCACCCAUAAUGGCUUCAUAAGCUCUAUACGAUACAGGCAGACAGGUCCACUGACCAGCCGGCAGAUCUUCCGCUUCAGUGAGGAGGGAUUGGUCAACGCCAGGUUCGACUAUAGUUAUAAUAACUUCCGAGUGACCAGCAUGCAGGCCGUCAUCAACGAGACUCCCCUGCCGAUCGAUCUGUACCGUUAUGUUGAUGUGUCCGGGCGGGUUGAGCAGUUUGGCAAGUUCAGUGUCAUCUUCUAUGACCUUAACCAGGUGAUCACUACCCAUCUAAUGAAGCACACCAAGGUGUUUAACUCAUAUGGCCAAGUGGUGGAGGUCCAAUACGAGAUCCUCAAAUCUAUCGCCUAUUGGAUGACCAUCCAGUAUGACUCUGCAGGGCGUGCAACCACCUGUGACAUUAGGGUGGGCGUGGACAGCAAUGUGACACGAUAUACCUAUGAGUAUGACGCAGACAGCCAACUGCAAAGUGCCGCUGUCAAUGAGCGGCCUCAGUGGCGCUACAGCUAUGACCUCAACGGGAACAUCAACCUGCUUAGCCACGGCACCAGCGCAAGGUUGGUUCCGCUACGUUAUGACCAGCGAGACCGCAUAACGCACCUCGGUGAGAUACAAUACAGUGUAGAUGAAGAUGGCUUUCUCCGUCAGCGAGCCAAUGACUUUUUUGACUACAACUCCAAUGGGCUCCUGAUGCGGGUCUUCAACCGAGCAACUGAGCACACCGUGUGGUACCGAUACGACGGGCUGGGUCGUCGGGUGGCCACGAAGACGAGCCAAGGCGAGCAACUGCAGUUCUUUUAUGCUGAUCUUUCAUACCCUACCAGGGUCAGCCACUUGUACAACCACAGCAGCAGCUUGAUCACAUCGCUGUACUACGACCUACAAGGACACCUCAUAGCCAUGGAGUUGAGCAGCGGGGAAGAGUACUAUGUCGCAUGCGACAGUGUGGGGACCCCAAGGGCUGUUUUCUCAAGCAAGGGCCGACUGGUCAAGGAAAUCCUCUACACCCCCUAUGGAGAAGUCUAUCAGGACACCAACCCUGACUUUCAGCUCAUCAUUGGAUUCCACGGAGGCUUGUAUGAUCCUCUCACACGGCUGGUCCACCUGGGAAGGCGGGAUUACGACACUCUAGCUGGUCGCUGGACUUCACCCAACCAUGAACUAUGGGCGGAGUUGAGCAAAGAGCCAAGACCUUUUAACUUGUACGCCUUCAAAAACAACUGCCCUGUGGGCAAAGUGGAGGAGGUGACGCAGUUUACAACAGACAUUGGCAGCUGGCUACAGUUAUUUGGCUUCCAGCUUCAUAACGUUGUUCCGGGUUUCCCGAAGCCUGAGAUCAGCCAUAUGGAACAAACAUAUGAACUGAUGAAGACCCAAACCAAGACGCAAGACUGGGACUCAAGCAAGGUGGUUUUGGGAAUCCAGUGUGAGCUCCGCAGGCAGCUGAGGCGUUUCAUCUCUUUGGAGCGUUUACCUCUCGUCUCGACACCCGUAGGCUCAACCUGCCACCGACCAACACGGCCUCCUCCCUUCGGUUCAAGGCCCUUUCUUCUCGGACCCAGCAUCCGCUUUGCCAUUUCCCACAACCGCGUAAGCGCCGAAGUCAUCGGCGUGGCCAGUGAAGACAGUCGGCGAGUGGCUGCCAUUUUGAACGGCGCCAUCCACUUGAGCGGGCUGAGCUUCACCGUGCACGGCUGUGACACCCACCACUUCCUCCAGUCCCGGCCUAUUGAGGAAGACCUGGCUUUGGGGUUAGGGGUUGGUGGGCGUGUCCUAGAGAGUGGAGUCAACGUGAGCGUAUCGCAAAUGAGUGCCAUGGUCAAUGGCAGGACUCGUCGGUUUGCAGACAUCACUCUGCAGCAGGGGGCGCUGUGCUUGUGCAUCCGUUAUGGCGGCAGUGAGGAGGAGGAGAGGGAGAGGGUGAGGGAGGAGGCCAGGAGGAGAGCAGUGGAGGUGGCGUGGAUCCACGAGAAGAAGAGGGUGGAGUUAGGUGAUGCGGGGAGCCGACCGUGGAGCGACGUGGAGAAGCAGCAGCUGCUGUCUGCUGGACGUGUGCAGGGUUACGAUGGCUACUACUCCCUGCCUAUAGAGCAGCACCCAGAGCUGUCCGACUGCGCCUACAACAUCCACUUCAUGACUCUAAGCGAGGUGGGAGGCAGGUAACACUCAAGCAGCUCUCCCACCCCACCCCACCAAAGACUGCCUGUUUCUACUCGACUCCGAUUUGUUCUACCCUUUCUACAUGGUAUCAAAGAAGAAGAAAAAAAGACGAGUCAUCAAAAAAGAACAAGAGAUUAGGGGGAAAGAUUUCCAAAAUGCCUUUAACUGUGACAGAAUGAUGGUAUUUUAUUAUUAUUGUCUGGUUUCUAACAGUGGCAACAAGCAAGUGUGGUUUGGUUGUGGCUUUGCUUUUUGUAUCCCUGCUAGCCUGGGAGUUAAAUGACUCUUCUGUUGUCCAAAACACUCUUCUUAACUUUGGAUUUUGUUCUAAUUCACCCAAACUGAAGACUUCUACGGUUUCCAGUGAAUUAUCUCCUUCAUGACUCAAAUCAAGAGCUCUCUAGUUGCCAAUUACUCUGGAUAUACUCCCAUUUAUUUAAUGUGUAAGAGAGGCCUUGUUGAGCAAACCUCUUCUGGGUUGCUGCCUCUGCUGUGCUCCAACAGUAGUUUGUAUGAGCGUGUAUACUCCAAUCAAGAAUGUACAUAGCCGGUGCUUUCACACUGAGAAAAAAAAGUGCUCACCUGGAAGUUCUGUUGUUCAUAAGUAAGUGUCAGUAUUGUUAAUCAAUAGAAAGAGCAGUUACAUUUUUGCAAAGAAUUAUACAUGGCUAUAGUAAAUAUUCUCGCUGGAAAAAAAAAAUAACUUUAUGGGGUUCCAAUGCUGAUUAAAGGUAUUAUGUGUGAAUAA